UCAUAUGUGUACCUAAAAUUUGUUUGUUUGCUGAAAUGAAAUGAUUCAAAAUAUUUCGUUUGACCGGAAAUGGCAUGAAGGUUUUACAAUUACUGCGGCACUGUUUCCUCAUCUUACACACUCCGAUUAGUAUCCAAACCCGGUCAGCUGUUGAUUUGGCUUACAAUGUGUACGGAAAAAACGAGAGUGGCGGCUCACCCGUGGUUGUCCUCCAUGGAUUAUUGGGCUCCAAGAGGAACUGGGCGAGCAUGAGCCAAAAGAUCUCAACAACGUGCCGCCGAAUGGUCGUCGCUGCCGAUAUUCGCAACCAUGGAGAAAGUCCUCACGACAGUUCGCAUACCUACCAUGAGCUGGCCGCCGAUGUGGCCAAGCUAAUUGAUACCUUGGGUCUGAAGCAAGCUACCGUGAUAGGUCAUAGCAUGGGCGGUAGAACUAGCAUGGCUUUAGCGCUUACACAGCCAAUGAAAGUCCACAGUCUGAUCGUAGUCGACAUCUCACCAGUCUCCACGGCUGGCGUCCUGAAUGACUUCUUUCCAGUACUAAUAGACAACAUGAAAGCCAUCGAUUUCCAAGGACAGGCAUCUGUAACCGACGCUAGAGCUUUUGCUAAAGAUAAAUUACUGGCCACCGGCUUGUUCGGGGGAGGAAGUAUCCAUUUCAUUCUAAUGAAUAUCGGUAAGCGAGGCGACAACAUUGGCUGGAUGUGCAACUUGGAGGCUCUGAAAAAGCAUUUUAUGGACAUCGCGACUUUCCCGGACGAUUUGAAGAACUUGCAGUAUAAAGGCCCGGUCCUGUUUAUUGGGGGUACAAAAUCGAACUACUUGCCGACAGAUGAUUUAAAAGGAAUCCAACAAACUUUUCCGAAUGCCGAACUCAAGUAUGUACAGGGUGUCGGUCAUAACGUUCACGCCGAAGAUCCAACCGCCUUCUUUAAUUACGUCAAUGAAUUCCUUACAAAACAUAAGUAAAA